UCUGUAUUUAUUAGGGUGCACUCUAAUAAGGAAGAAGAAGAGGAAAGUUUUUGGUCUUGUUUGCUUGCUUCCUCACCAUUAUCUACCCCUAAAGUUUUGAUCUUUUCUCCAUUACAGUUCUCCAUCAAUGGCGGACGAGAACGUGGAUAAACAAGUUGUUGUUGAGGAAAAUGGAGCUGGAAAAGAAAAUGGGGCAUCAGAGCCUUCAAUAAGCAAUGAUAAUGAGGAGUCCUCGGACCAAUCGUCUGCGGUGCAAAAAGAUGAAGAUGAUGGGAAAGAAGUUAUAAAGAAGAAAAAGAAGAAAAAUAAAAGCAAGAAAAAGAAGGAAUUGCCACAGCAGACAGACCCACCCACUAUUGCCAUUACCGAUCUUUUUCCAUCUGGGGAGUUUCCUGAGGGUGAAAUUCAACAAUACAAAGAUGACAAUUUGUGGAGAGUUACCUCUGAAGAGAAGAGAGAGCUGGAACGUCUUGAAAAGCCCAUCUACAAUUCAGUUCGUCGAGCAGCUGAAGUUCAUCGUCAGGUUCGGAAGUACAUGAAAAGUAUCAUUAAGCCUGGCAUGUUAAUGAUCGACUUAUGUGAGACCUUGGAGAAUACAGUUCGUAAGCUAAUAUCAGAGAAUGGUCUGCAAGCAGGCAUUGCGUUUCCCACUGGAUGUUCUCUGAACUGGGUUGCUGCUCACUGGACCCCGAAUUCAGGGGAUACAACCGUGCUUCAAUAUGAUGAUGUCAUGAAGUUAGAUUUUGGAACACAUGUUGAUGGAUGUAUUGUGGACUGUGCAUUUACAGUAGCAUUCAACCCUAUGUUUGACCCACUACUUGAAGCUUCACGUGAGGCAACCAACACGGGUAUUAAGGAAGCUGGGAUUGAUGUACGUCUUUGUGAUGUUGGUGCUGCCAUACAAGAGGUCAUGGAAUCAUAUGAGGUUGAGAUUAAUGGGAAGGUGUUUCAAGUUAAAAGUAUCAGAAACUUGAAUGGACACAGCAUUGGCCGCUAUCAGAUCCAUGCUGGAAAAUCAGUUCCGAUUGUGAAAGGAGGGGAGCAGACAAAAAUGGAGGAGGGCGAAUUCUACGCCAUCGAAACAUUUGGAUCGACAGGCAAAGGAUAUGUAAGAGAAGACCUAGAGUGUAGCCAUUACAUGAAGAAUUUUGAUGCUGGUCAUGUCCCACUGAGAUUGCCAAGGGCAAAACAACUGCUAGCAACAAUCAAUAAAAACUUCUCCACAUUAGCCUUCUGUAGACGGUAUUUAGACCGUGUAGGGGAGACCAAAUAUUUGAUGGCAUUGAAGAACUUAUGUGAUGCUGGAGUCAUACAGCCUUAUCCUCCUCUGUGUGAUAAUAAGGGCAGCUAUGUAUCCCAAUUUGAGCAUACGAUCUUACUCCGGCCGACCUGCAAGGAAGUUAUAUCAAGAGGGGAUGAUUACUAGAUGAUGAUUUUCUUGAUUGCAUCAUCAUCAUUGUACAAGUUUUAAGUUUAAUCUUAAAUUUUAUCUGUAACUGUCACUGUUGGUUUACCUGAAGUUUCAUUUGUCUUUAUAAAAGCCAAAAAAAAAAGAGGGAGAAUAAUUAAUUUAUUAGUGAUAAAAAAAAUAGUUUUGUUUUGCUAA